CUCGGUGCCGGUGCCGGUGCCGGCCGGGGGCAGGCGGGGGCGCGGCAGUGCUCGGGCGCUGCGCGGCGGCGGCAGUGGGCGCCUCCGGCGGGGCGCGACAGCGGGAUCGUGGCUUACAACAGCCGGAGCCAGAGCAAGGAGCCGCUCGUGCUGGCCACGGAAGGAGUGGCGACCUGGUACAGCUGCGGGCCGACAGUGUAUGACCAUGCACACCUCGGGCACGCCUGCUCCUAUGUUAGGUUUGAUAUAAUUCGAAGAAUAAUGACAAGGUUUUUUGGAAUUGAAGUUAUCAUGGUGAUGGGGAUCACAGACAUAGAUGACAAGAUAAUAAAAAGAGCCAAUGAGAUGAAUAUAUCACCAGUAGCUCUUGCUCGUAUUUAUGAAGAAGACUUUAAACAAGAUAUGGCUGCCUUAAAGGUCCUUCCUCCUACGGCAUAUAUGAGGGUGACUGACAAUAUUCCUCAAAUAAUUUCCUUUAUAAAAACAAUAAUUUCCAGUGGACAAGCUUAUGCAACCUCGCAAGGCAAUGUUUAUUUUGAUGUUAAAUCCUGGGGAAAAAGAUACGGAGUGUUCACUGCUAUUAACCCUGAUACCCAAGAUGAAGCAGUUGAUUCUGAUAAACGACAUGGUAAAGAUUUUGCCCUGUGGAAGGCUGCCAAGCCUCAAGAGCUAUCUUGGAAUUCUCCCUGGGGAAAAGGACGACCUGGAUGGCACAUUGAAUGUUCCACAAUAUCAAGUGCAGUGUUUGGAAAGCAGCUGGACAUCCAUACCGGUGGAAUAGAUCUUGCAUUUCCUCAUCAUGAAAAUGAAAUUGCACAGUGUGAGGUGUAUCACCAGUGUGAGCAGUGGGGGAAUUACUUUCUGCAUUCUGGGCAUUUGCACAUUAAAGGAAGUCAAGAAAAAAUGUCAAAGUCAUUAAAAAACUACAUAACAAUUAAGGAUUUCCUGGAGAAAUGUUCGUCAGAUCAGUUCCGAAUGUUUUGUUUGCGCGGCAGAUACAGCUCAGCAGUAGAAUUUAGUGAGGAGAGCAUGGAAGAUGCAAAGAACCUUCUUCAGGCAAUCUCCUCAUUUAUUAGAGAUGCAAAUGCUUAUAUAAAAGGACAGCUGGUGUGUGACCCUGUUAGAGAAGACAUAUUGUGGGAAAGGCUAGCCAACACAAAAGUAACCGUGAAGGCUGCGUUUGCAGAUGACUUUGACACCUCCAGGGCUGUUGCAGCAAUUAUGGACCUCAUUCACCAUGGCAACAGACAGCUUAAGGCUGUUACUAAGGAUGCUGGAUCUCCUAGAAGCUCUGUUGUGUAUGGAAGCAUUAUUUCCUAUAUUGAAGGCUUUUUCAGUGCUCUUGGGAUGUCCUUUGGAGAAAGACAGGUGGCUGUGGGAGCAGACAAAUCUGCAGUGCUCUCCAAUGUCAUUGAAGAGCUGGUGAGGUUCCGCUCGAAGGUCCGGCAUUACGCGCUGGCUCUGCCGGAAACAGCAGGAGCCGAGGAACCCAAGCAGGAGCAGAAGGAGAAGAGGAAGCAGUUAAUGCAGGAGAGAAAGCCCCUCUUGGAGGCUUGUGACAGUCUGCGUGGAGACCUUGCUGCCUUUGGAAUCCACAUAAAGGACAGAGCUGCUGUUUCAACCUGGGAAAUUGUGGAAGGAGGCCAGACAGAGAAGCAGACUGAGAAAAAAAGCUGAUCCUUCAUCCUUGGACUUGUUUUUUAUUUCAGCUACUUCAGCAACUGUUGUAAAUACAAAUUCUUUCAAAAUAAAAUCUGUUGAACAGAA